AUGCGUGCCUAUGAUGUGGUUGUGGAUGAAAAUGGAAAUUGUCCACUUUCAAAAGUCCAGAAGAACUUUAUCUGUGAUCACUGCUACGGGGCCUUCAGGAGUGGAUACCACCUGAAGAGACACAUUCUCAUUCAUACUGGAGAAAAGCCGUUUGCUUGUGCCGUGUGUGACAUGAGAUUUAUUCAGCGCUACCACUUGGAGCGACACAGCCUCACUCAUACUGGGGUGAAGCCGUAUGCUUGUUCCAUGUGUGACAUGCGGUUUUUCCAACGUUACCACUUGGAGAGGCACAGCCUCACUCAUACUGGGGUCAAACCAUAUGCUUGCACCAUGUGUGACAUGAGAUUUUUCCAAAGAUACCACCUUCAGCGACACAGCCUCAUUCAUACGGGGGUGAAGCCGUAUGCUUGCUCCAUGUGUGACAGGCGUUUUUUCCAACGUUACCACCUCCAGAGACACAGCCUCACACAUACGGGGGUGAAGCCAUUUGCUUGCACAAUGUGUGAUAUGAGUUUUUUCCAACGCUACCAUCUCCAAAGACACACCAUCACCCAUACGGGGGUGAAGCCGUAUGCUUGUUCCAUGUGUGACAUGCGUUUUUUCCACCGUUACCACCUCCAGAGACACAGCCUCACUCAUACUGGGGUGAAGCCUUAUGCUUGCACCAUGUGCGACAUGCGUUUUUUCCAACGUUACCAUCUACAGAGACACUGCCUCACCCAUACGGGGGUGAAGCCGUAUGCUUGCUCGAUGUGUGACAUGAGGUUUUUUCAGCGUUACCACCUGCAGAGACACAGCCUCACUCAUACGGGGGUGAAGCCGUAUGCUUGCUCGAUGUGCGACAUGCGGUUUUUCCAACGUUACCACUUGGAAAGACACAGCCUGACUCAUACUGGAGAGAAGCCGUUUGCUUGUGACAUGUGUGACAUGCGGUUCAUUCAGAGGUACCAUCUGGAGAGACACAAGCGUGUUCACAGUGGUGAAAAGCCUUACCAGUGUGAGCGCUGCCAGCAGAACUUCUCACGGACAGACAGACUGUUGAGACACCGGCGAUUGUGUCAGGGUCGCGGCGUGGCAAAAGUCGAGGCCCAGCCUUGUUCUUUCACCCAGGAGCCUCCCGCAGCCCCUCCGUCCACGUGGAGUCCUCUACAUCCCGCCCCGGGCCGACUCGCUGUCUGACACCAUACUCUUUAGACAAGCCCUGAGACGACAGCACACCCAGACCUCUCUCAGAGCCACUGGCACUGUGGCUCCACCUGCUGACAGACAGAUGCGCUACAGACAGGAUGAGGGGAAAUUCUCCUCUUUUGUUUCUUUAUUUAGAAACAAACAAGGUUCUCUUUUGAUCAUUGAGGGUUGUUUUAUACUUUUUGGUAAUAUAUUAUGGGGCUAGAAGGGGUUUUAUGGUACUUUUAAGAGGUGAAGAACAAAAAACACCUAACAUGGGAAUUUCAUGUUACUAACCAAAAAAA